AUGGCCGACUACUGGGACCCGCUGAAAUACCAGCACGAGGAGCCGACCCCGCAGUGCCUGCUCAGGGUGAAGAAGGACAUCGCCGAGUUCACCGCGCAGCCACCGCCGAGGCUCUUCAUCUCGCCCGAGGAAGGCGACGUCACCAAAGUCCACGUGCUCAUGCUGGGAGCACCGGGCUCGCCGUACGAAGGCGGGUUCUUCCAGUUCUUCGUCAAGUUCCCACCUGACUACCCGCUGAGCCCUCCCCGCGUACGGUUCCUAAACACGGACGGUGGCAGAGUUCGAUUCCACAUACACCUCUACACCUGCGGCAAGGUCUGCGUGAGCACCCUGGGCACGGCGGGUGCAUCGACCUGGAGCCCCGUCCAGUCUAUGUCGAGCACGCUCAUCUCCGUCCAGUCGCUGUUGAGCGACAAUCCAUUCUACGACGCGAUGGGGCAGGAAAGGACGAAAGGCGACGCCGACGGGUACAACGCCUACAUUCAGCACGAGACGAUCCGGGUGGCCGUGUGCGACCAAGUGGACGCGGCUCUCGAGGAGCACGCCCAGUGCCCGCCAGCCUUCAGGAAGGUCGUACUCGAGUCGUUCCUCGAGUCGUACGACAAGUACGAGGACGUCGUGAAGGCCCGGCUCCAUCAGACUGGCACGCAGCUGAGGGACACGGUGUUUGGCUCGACCACGACCGCGCAGUACGAGACGCUGCUUACACGACUGCAGAGCCUGAGGGACAAAAUCAAGACAAAGAACGAAGCCGAAGCCGAAGCUGCUGCGGUGGCGGCAGCGGCGGUGGCGGCUGCGGUGGAAGCAGUUACUGCUGAGAACGAAAUCCAGCAGUGA